CAAUAGUAGCAGCUACACACACUCAGGUACAAACACACCAAACUGCGUGCAGACACACCCAAAGACUGCUGGCACUCUGUGGAGAAGAGACUAAGUACCUCAUCCACAAGCUUCAGAAAGUCCACAACUCAGCUGCUGUCUCUAGACGAGAUCUUACUACACGAGAAGAUGGAUCCUGAAGGGAGAGGUCCUUCCUUAGACGAGGCUGUUGGAGUCCUAGGAGCACAGCUCGGGCAUCUGAGAGGCAGGUUUGAGGCAGAUCGUAGAAACACUACCCAGCAGCUGAUACAGAAAGACGAGGAAAUUGAUGAAUUGAGAAGUCAGCUGCGGCAGAUCAGAGAAUACGCGGACAGACAACGGAAUCAAUUUGAGAGACUGAGAACAAGUGGUCUUCUGUGGAGAGCUGUGGCACACAUCAAGAUGGAGAGGCUGGAUGCAGUGAACGAGAGGUACACUGAGGCAAGCAACGAGCUGGAACACAGGAUUAACAUGAAUAGACAGCUGAUAAGGAUGCUUCAAGAGUCUACGAAUUCUGCUGAUGAGCUACGAAGGACUUCCACGGAAGACAGAGAAAGACUGGAAAGUGAAAAAGAAGAACUGUCUCAGGAGGUAAGUCAACUGAGACAGACAAAUACAUCGCUGACGUCAGAGCUUGCCAGCCUCAGACAGGACUUCGCAAGUAGGCAAGGGAUCUGGGACCGAAUUGAAGCAACAGAGAGACAGAGAGAACAAGAGAGAUCAAGAAUGGAAGGCCAGAUGAGACUAAGUGAUGUAAUGGCCAAUGCUUUACGGGAGGAAAACCAACAGCUACAGACGAGAACGGCUAUUAUUGAGAGACAGAAAUACGUAUUAGAAGAACAGGUCAAGGCCGCAAGGGAAGAGGCACUAACCCUCGGCAUUCAAGUUGCAGCGGCAGAGACUGCUCUCAGAGAACGGAAUGGAUAA